GGUCCCUGUCCCAGCACCCAGACCUUAAGCUACAGGCCCCAACAUUAGUGACAGUAGACAAACCAGAGGUGACAAAUGAUCCAAGACGAGAGGUGCAGGAGGAGGCCGGGGGAUUCUACCUUGUUGGGGACCCCAUGGAGAACAACUGUUCCCUGAGCAUCAUGGAGGUCCAGAAAAGGGACAGUGGGCAAUACUUCUUCCGGAUAGAGAGAGGAAACUUGGUGAAAUACAGUUACAAAGCUUUCAUGGUUAAUGUGACUGUGAAAGCUCUGACAGAGAAACCAGAAAUCUACAUUCCAGAAAUCUUAAAACCUGGAUACCUGGUGAAAGUUCUUUGUUUGGUACCAUGGGCUUGUGUGAGCACAUCUCUCAUCUUCUCCUGGAAAGGAACUGCCCUUUCUUCCCAGACAUUCAGCAGAAGGAGCCCCUAUUUCUCUGAGCUGACUUUUACCCCAGAGCCCCAGGACCAUGGCUCCAACCUCACCUGUCAAGUGACCUUCCUUGGUGUCAGCAUAGAGAGAUCUGUCCAGCUCAUGAUGGCUGAGGAACAGAAAAGCUCCUGGCCUGUGGUAUUGACCCUCCUCCGAGGAGCCCUCAUGGGAAUUGGCUUCCUCCUCACCUACGGCCUCACCCACUUCUACUAUAGCAG